AUGGCUUUCAUUCUCAGAAACCUGUCAUCCUUCAUCUUUGGUGGCCAGUCACUUGCCCCUCCAGCACCUGCCAGCUCCGACUCCGCCAUCGAUGAAGAGCAGCAGCCCCCUACCGGGGUUCACAUUGUGCUAGAACAAGACUCUACACCUCUUCAACAGCCCCAGCCGUACGAGGACCGGCACAUCCUCCCUGGCAGCAUGGAGCGCGAGGAAAGACGCUUCUGUCUCUUGUCCAUGCAGCGUGCAUCUCUGCCGGAGAAUCGGUUCCAAGAGCAAGUGCAGAGAGAGAAGACCCGGAUUUUGGAGAAGUAUCAAGCCUGCAACCUGAAGACGGACUAUCGCCUUCAGGGUUCGGAGCUCACUCAGCGGGCAAGGGAGAAUGUUCAGCGGCGCUGGGAGAGACAGGGCAUCUCGAAAGAGGGCACAUGGUUUUGCGGCCCCUCGACCGACCCCUUUGGCUUUUGGAAGCACCAGGAGAUCCGCAAUGAUCACGGGCCAGAGGAAGUUUGCAAGCUGGACAUGUCCCGGCCCUAUUUUCAGUUCAUGCACGAGGUCGCGAUGGAGCGGGAUCAUAUUGAAUUCCUCAGGUAUCCGCCUCGGCUCCCCGACGGUCUGAUAACCGCCGCCAUACCUCCAUCGCAACGCGAGGAAACAACCCCAGACGACCUACAUACCGCUGCGUACUCCAACGUACGAUACGACCAGUGGGUGGCGAAUGGUCUGUGGGACGCCAGCUGGGGGCAACUCCCGGGCAUGUUCUGGAAACAUGAGACCGACAUUCGCUCACGUUUCCAGGCCGAGUUCAACUCUGUGGAUCAUAUUCCGCAACGAUACCUCGACAUGAGUGACUCGCUGCAAAGGCAAGAGACCUUCCGGAAUCGAAGGUUCGGAUGUCUGGGGUUUCUCCCAAAGGCUCUGGAGAAUCAGCUCCUCAGUGCGCAACAGGGCCUUGGGUGGCCCGACGAAGUGCCUCUACCCGUCGACCCCAUGCAUAUCUUCUAUCCGGAGCUGCAGCCACAUGCCGAGGAGGAGAACAAUGCCGACCCACGCUCCAGCCACUUCACGCUAGAUUCGCAAAGAAGCCCGGCUUCGAGAGUGGCUCCCGCGUCGAUGCAUAGACAGGAACAGAUGGCGCAGUCCGAAGACGGCAGUUCCCCGGGCUCCUCGUCGUCGGACUCAUUGCCCCCGCUAUCUGCACACCGGCGACCGCAGGAUCUUGCCUCGGCUGGCUCGUCGGGCCAAAGAGCGCCGUCGGGUGAGGAGCAUACACCUUCGGAGACGUCGUCUGGGGCCUUGUACGGCGAUGAGAACGCGGACGAUUUCCUCGACGCAGUCUCUAGGCAGAUCGUGGUCGUACAAGACCUUGCGCAGCAAGCGCUGGAUGCGCAGAAGCAGCUUGCGGCUCAGUUUUCGGCCGUCCGAGGAUCGUAUAGCCGACGCCAGCGCAUCAAGGAGGAAUCCGCUGCAAGGUCGCCUCAGCGUCACGUUCUCGGUCCCUUGCCUUCGACACAGAGAGUGUCCAAAAAGGGCAAGGGGAAAACGGUGCCAGGACGGACUGGGCUGCUUGGACUGGGAGCAUCGCCGGCUUCCUCUACAGCCACCACGGUCAUUCUGGCUCCUCUGCGUCCCGAGGAUCGUGGUCACUCUGUGGAGUCUGGUAGCAGUCAGAUUUCCACUGGCAGCUUCAUCAUCAGGGAAGAUAGCCCUAUCCGAGCGAAUACUACCUCGUAUGGGAACUCUGUCGUUCGACAGGACAUUCCUCAGGAUGGGGACUUCGUGAUUAGAGAAGAUACCCCGCAGAACGAGCAAGAUCCGCCGGUGGAAGAGCCCAGGAUAGAAUUAUCCCCUCGGGCCAGGGCCAGACAGCGUCACAGGGACACUGUAGAGCAGCGAGCUUUGCAGCCUCUUCGCAGAAGCAAGAGGAACAUCCGAACAAGGUAA